AUGGCAUCAACCACCCAUACCCUGUCAUCCGACCCUACUUCUUCUACAGGGCCCAGAGGUUCCAGGGAAGUCAUGGGGAAUGAACAGGCCAUGAAUUUUACAGCUACUGACUUAAACAUAGUGGAAAUGACUGAGGUGGAGUAUACACAGCUUCAGCAAAUCCUUUAUUCACACAUGGACGCUCAAGCCUCAGAGGGGGAAAUGGAGGCCAAGCUUAACUCUUCUUUCUACACAGCCAGCAACUCAUCAAGCCUUUCCCAGUAUUUAUCCUCCAGUGUGAAAAACCAAACCAGCUUCACUACUUCUAGUUCAGGAGGGCCCAGUGUUCACCAUGGGAUAUACCAGUCAGCUCUGGUGUCUGAGAGUAGCAUGCUUACUUCCAACCAUUCCCUUGGACCCUCAGACUUUAAGGACUUUAAGUCGCUAAUGCUGAAUGAGUCCCACCUGACUUUGAACCAAGCUGAGAAGACUCCGAGCGAGAAUAAUAAAGAUCCCAAGAGGUUAAGCUUGGCCCGAGUACAGCAUUGUGAUAAUACUGGUGGAACCAAUAAAGAAAAUGAGAACUUGCUCCAAAAUUGUGAAGCCAGGUCUAAAUCCACAGUUCGUGUUCGGUUAGAGGACAGAUUUAACAGUAUGAAGGCUGAAAUGCCCAGGUCGCAAGAACUGCAGGAGUCUGGGGUCCCCAUGAACAAGUAUGUUUGUUUUUCUACAUACAUAAUGCAAGCAUGUUAUAUGAUAAUGUUUAGCAAAAUGUAUUUAAAAAGAAACUGUUACGUCUCUGGAAAUAGCACCAUUUAAUGAAAUACAGAAUAUCACCUACCAUUGUAGCCGUUACGGAGCCAUGAGUCUCCUGGCACUAUGCACAAUUUGGUAAGUAGUCAAUUAUUUUCUAAUAGUUUGACACUUACCUGGGUAUUCUACUUUAGGUAUUCAGCCUGCUCUUCCUGAAUACCUAAAGCAGAAGAUGGAUUGCAGUUUCCCCUAUUUGGAUGUAACUUUAGUGAAAUUUGAAAUGGACCAGACCGGAAGCACCCAGGAAAGCCAGAUAAGUGUCAAAAAGCUUGAAAACUGUUUGCUUAGCGUGGCCAGUUCCAGGGGACUCCAGACACCAUGACAACUCAGGGUGCUAGAAUGGUUAUGGUGCUUAAAAGGACACUAAAGACAUCAAAACAACUUUAGCUUAAUGAAGCAGUUUUGGUGUGUAGAUCAAACCCCUGCAGUCUCACUACUCAAUUCUCUGCCAUUUAGGAGUUAAAUCACUAUUGAUUCUGUUUAUGCAACCCCAGCCACACCUCCUGUGGCUGUUACUGACACAGCCUGCAUGAAAACAAAAUGGUUUAAUUUCCAAUCUGAUGUAACUUGCUUUCAAAGUUCUUAUCUCCUGCUCUGUAAAUUGCAUUUAAAUCACACACAGGAGGCUCCUGCAGGGACUAGCAAGCUAUUAACAGAGCAGAAGAUAAGACAUUCUAAAUUAAACAAAAUUUGAAAUAAAGGAAGUGUAACCAUUAUAUGAAUCUUUACAGGAAGUGUUUAGGAAGGCAGUGUCAGUCACAUGCAGGGAUGUGAGACUAGGACUCCAUAAACAAAAUUAUUUAUCUCCUAAAUGGCAGAGAAUUGAGCAGUAAGACUGCAGGGGCAUGAUCUAUAUACCAAACCUGCUUAGUUAAGCUAAAGUUGUUUUGGUGACUAUAGUGUCCCUUUCAGAAAUCCCAACCUAAUAUCAUAUCCCACUCUUUGUAAAAAAAAAAAAAAAAUUGAUUAAAUCCCAACCUCAUAUACUAAUACAGCUAGUGGUAUAUUCCACUCACGAUCCCACUUGACUAUAACAUUAAACUAACCGUUUACACUUUUUUUUAUGUGAUUUUCCAUUUUCAUUUAAAUAUAUUUUAAAGAUCUAGCAAUUGUCAUCACAACCCAGUUUAGUCCUGGCACAGCCAGGGCACACAUAGCAGAAGGAAGACUGUUUAUAUUUACUUUUGCACAAACAAAGUUCAACCACAGAAUAAGGCAAAUCUGGUAAGAAUGAUUGACAGAGAGAUGGAGGCUGGUGCUUAGUCCGAGGAUAGAGUUACGGGGUGGGGGAUUUCUACAUUUAAUUUUACCUUAUGUGUGACAUAUAUAAUAUAUGUUAUAUGUUAAAUAUAAGGGAUAAGGAAACCUAACAUUAGAAAUCCUGGGAAGUGAUAGUCCCCUCCCCGAUCACAUUUAUAUUAUCGCUUUAUUCAUCUUUGCGAUGACAGUCCUGUGUAUUCACAAAAAGUCUAUUCAGGUUUACAGAGCCAUAAUUACACUCCUUCAGAAUAGAAACAUUUGUUAGAUUUAAUAAUAUUGUUACCGGUUCCUCUAAUUUUCCUUUCUUACUAUAUUGGACAGGCUCAGCAUUGUUCUGUCCCUUUUCACUUUAUAUUUGCAUUGUUUUUUUGUUUUUUUACAUUGAACCAAAUGACACACUGUAAUUUUUAUUUAUACAGUUUUAUUUUUAUUACUGAUUCUAUAGUAGGUUUUCACUUAAAUAUAUUUUUUGACACAUUUGUAACUAUUCUGUCCUCUUCUUAUUAAAUAGUUUGGUGAACCUAAUUCGCCACCCUUCGCAACUCAUCGGUGUCCAACAGCAGAGCAAGUGUUCCACGCUGGUGAAAAAUAAAGCAUCACCUGGCACAUCUGCACUACCGUUUGCUUACCCAGUGUUCACAAGUGGCAGCAAUUCUAGUGGGAAUGGAAAUAGUUCCCAAAGCCAGGUACGAUCCUUUCUGUCUAUUAGUUUGCACGGCAUUUACACCAUCCUAAUCUUUGAGGAAUGAGUGAGCUGUGUGUCUUCAUUUCCAGACCAGUUCCUCUGCAGGCUGCAUGAGUUCUUGCCCACUCUCCGAAGUAUCCAAACACCAGGAAUUAUCGAUGCCAAGGACAUUUUCCUUUUGCUAUCAGCAGGAAGUUGAACCGGCUAAUCAGACUGUAG